CGGGAGGGGACUACCUGCUGACGCGAACUGUCUUGAUAUGCACGCAUGUAUAUAAACUCAGCCCUGCCUUUGAUGUUUGCCGACUGAUCACCGAUCAGAUUACAGGCAUUUCAUUUCCCUGCUCGUCUGCCUUUGAUCUGCAUGGUUAAUUUUAUUUUCCUGGAUUUGAAGUUUCGUCUGGGCUUGUGCUGACAUACAUUUUUGGGAAGGUAGAAGCAUUUGGCAGAGAAGUGCUGCCAAGGAGAAACUAAGUUGCUGCGAGGGUGAACGCUGGGAAGGCUUCAGCACGCUGCAGAACCCUUCAACAAUAAUUACAUUUAAUAAGAGCAAUGGCUUUAAAAGUAUUACUGGGACAAGAGAAAACAAUGUUUACCAUCAUGGUCCUACUAGCCUACUUGUCAUGUCAAGUGAUUUGUGAAACAGGAGACUGUCGACAACAAGAAUUUCGGGAUCGGUCUGGAAAUUGCGUCCUCUGCAAACAGUGUGGCCCAGGCAUGGAGCUGUCUAAGGAGUGCGGCUUUGGCUAUGGGGAGGAUGCACAGUGCAUGAUAUGUAGGCCGCACAGGUUCAAGGAGGACUGGGGCUUCCAGAAGUGCAAGCCAUGUCUUGACUGUGCCCUGGUGAACCGCUUCCAGAAGGCAAACUGCUCUGUCACCAGUGACGCUGUCUGUGGGGACUGCCUCCCAGGAUUUUAUAGGAAGACGAAGCUGGUUGGUUUCCAGGACAUGGAGUGUGUACCUUGUGGAGAUCCUCCUCCUCCUUACGAGCCACACUGUGCCACCAAGGUCAACCUGGUAAAGAUCCCAUCCACGGCCUCCAGCCCACGAGACACGGCCCUGGCAGCUGUGAUCUGCAGUGCCCUGGCCACUGUCCUGCUGGCUCUGCUCAUUCUCUGCAUCAUUUAUUGUAAGAGACAGUUUAUGGAGAAGAAACCCAGCUGGUCUCUGAGAUCACAGGAUACCCAGUACAGUGGGUCGGAGCUGUCCUGUUUGGACCAACCUGGGCUCAACGAGUACUCUCACCGGGCAUGCUGCCAGUGCCGCCGGGACACCGCUCAGGCCUGUGGACCGGUCCACCUGGUUCCAUCCCUGUGCUGUGAUGAGGCCCGCAGCAUGGGCCGGAUGGCCCUCGGCUGCACUGUGCAUCCCAAGGCUGCGCUCCACGAGAGGACUGCAGGUUCUGUGGGGGAGAUGACGCCGGCGUUCUUCGGGUCCCUAUCCCGGUCCAUCGGUGGUGAAUUUUCCGAUGCCUGGCCUCUGAUGCAAAGCUCCAUUUGUGUUGACAACAUCUCUUUUUGUGAAUCUUAUCCUGAACUCACUGGAGAAGAUAUUAAUGCCCUCGAUCCAGAAAAUGAAAACUCAGCAUCUUUGGAUUCAAACAAUAGUCAGGUUUUGGCCAGUGGAGCUGUUCCAAUUCAAACUCAUUCUGAAAAGGUUACAGAAACUAGUGAUUUAUCGAGACAUAACAGCACAUUGACAGACCCAACCCUAACUAAGGAUACACUACCUGCUAGAUGUCAGCAAGAUCAAGAGAGUGAAGGUGUCCUUGACCUAGCCACUCCCACUUCCCUCCAGGAAGCCUAAAGGACUUCCUUUUCUCUGCAAUAGAAGUGUGUGUAUGGAACCCAAAGGGCCCGCAUCUGCUAAGGCUUACGGACUGAGCAUGGCCUGGACCAGAGUCUGGGAAGAACAGUCUGAACCAAACUGACAGCAUUUUAAGCCCUUCAACCAGUUGCUUUGGAGCCAGGCCAGCUGUGAGCCAAAGCCUCAAGGAAUCCAGAAAAAUGACUGCAGGCAGACUCCUGAUACUCUGUCCCUUUUCUAAACCAGAAGCUUCUGUGCUGCAAGAGUGACUUCAUAGACUGAUGGCUAGAGUUUGCAGCCUAUAAGGUUAUGGACGUCUGCGAAGAAACAGGCUCUCGUGCUUACAUUCAUGCUGAACGUGGUUUUAUAAGACCCAAGACCCAGAGAAUAACUUUUUAUUUACAUUUUCCUUUCAGAAAUAAUUUCAUAUAGCUGAUUAUCUUACUAAAAGUCAAUAUCAUAUCCACUGCUGUUGUUUCUGUGCAGAAUGGGUUCAAUAGUGAGUGCUUCUAUUUGAUGGUCACUUUUUCAUCAUCUUAGCUGAUUAGUGGCUGGAAGUGACUUCGUACCACCUGCCUAAAUCUUGGGUUUAUGCGAUGAAGCUAAUUGACCUAAACAGGAAUCAGAGGAGAAUUUCUUUGUUCCAGAAACCUCUUCCAACCUCAGUCUCUGUCUCGUAUGCCUGCUGUUGCUGGUAGUGAAGAGGCGGAAAGAGGGGAUGUGGUUGGCAAAGGGCCACCCACUCCCCUGAGUGAAAACCACUUUGUGCACAUAUCCUAGAGAUGUGUAUGCAAAGACGAGCAUACUUAUGUGAAAACUAGUUGACGUGGAAGCAUUUGUUACAUCUGUCCCUGUGAUUGAGCUUAGAAACUCCAGAACAUCUCUUUUCUAUAAAAGUGCUAUUUAUAAAGAUAAUGAUCUUUUAUUUGUUUUGUAUCUUAUAUUAAGGAGUCCCUAGGUGGCCCUUGACUACUGACAGAAAGUUGAUGGUUUGAACCCACCUAGAGGUGCCUCGGAAGACCUGCCUGGCAAUACUAUAACAUAUCCGAUUCCCCCAUUACUGAAUGUAGUACUGAAGACUAAGUAGCUAGUCCCCAUGAGACUACACUACCCACUAGAACCAGAAGGAAAGGGUUUGAGGUGAACAGUCUGUAAUGGUCGUAGCACAGUUUCACCAACCUGGAAAAUUAGCUAGCACAAUAAUGUCCUAUCGUAGCAUGAUGGCGUGGGAUUUAAGAGUGUGAUGCCCCUUCUAAGACUCUCCAUCCCAUCCCAGCUUGGUGUUCAUGUCUAGGGCUAAGAGACUUGGUCCAGUUCAGUCCUGACACCACGAGUGGCUCAUGUGCUCUUUUUCCGUGUCCCCUCAAACCAAAAACCAAACCCACUGCUCUCCAGCCAAUUCUAACUCAUAGUGACACUACAGGACAGCGUAGAACUGCCCAUAGGGUUUCGAAGGCUGUGAUCUUUACGGAAGCAGACUGCCACAUCAUUCAUUCUCCUGCCUUAUGCCCUGAAGAGGAACUAAUUAAGCAGGAGUUGUUUUUUCCUACUUGAACCUACAUGAUCAGAUCUAGCCUUUGUCUUUUAGCUAAUUACUAGUAGCUCUCUCACCUUUCCUCUUAAAAAAAGAAAUAGACCUUUGAACAUCAGUGCGUGAGAGUGCACUUCGGUAUUUUUUUUUGAGAAUUGCCCUUCCCAAAUCAGUGUCUUUUACCUUACAUUUAAACUGAACGUGAAAAAUCUGUCUUUCCUAGGACGUUUUUAGCUUCUCACUUGUUACCCCAUGGUUUUCUGUCUUUACGAGGCAUUAGCAAAAUGUAAUGAACCCUUUUCCAUGUGGCCAUCUCUAUGUAUAGUUCAAUAUGUGUAUAUCAGCUUGCCUGUGUGUGGUACUUCUCAUUAUUUCAGUUUCUUUAACUGAAAUAGGAAAUUAAGAGUGCCUCAUGGGACCCUACAUCUUUCCUGUCAGCCUAGUGACAGUGAUUAUUCAUUGACUUUUUUAGUAUAAACCAAUGGUUCUCAAUUCUUGAUAGUCUCCAGCUCUUACGAGAAAAAUAUUAAGGAUUUGACCACAAGAUGUCUGUGUGAAAGUGCAAGUAGAGUUUGCUUGAUUGAUCUAACUGUAAUCCACCUACGUGUGCCAUUGUUUGCAGUCUCAUCAUUUCCAUUAUGAUAGACAAAGGGGUGAUUAGAGGUGGGCCAGGGUGGUGUUCCUGUAUGUAAUCUGGACAUGUUUUCCAUGUGGAAAGCCCUGAUUGACUUCAAAGAUAACACUUGCUGGAGAAAGCAAGACCGAUGGGAUAAAACUUCUGCCAAAAAUCCUAAAGCAUCGCUUUUGAUCAACAGAGAAAUACUUAGAGUUGAAAGCUGACUUUGACACUGCAUUUGAAAAAUUUUGCGUUAUUUUUAUCAAGAGAAGACAUUUUACCAUCGCUUACCGUAGAAACAUACAAUAAGGUUAUAUUCUUCACUCGUUGUAAACACUUGACAAAGAAAAAAACAAUUUGCAUUUCACAUGGUUGGAAUAUCCUAUAGCACUCAAGAAGCCAAGCUGCCAGAGUGCAUAGGCAGGAAAUGGCCAUCAGAGAAUAAUAGGCCCAGUAUGUGUGAUCCUUGUGGCUCAGGAACACCUUGGAGCUUGGCAACAAAGAAGGAAACAAGGAUUUGGAGAGCAGCCACGUAAAGGCAUGGGUUUUCUAAUCUUUGUGUAUAUGGAAUAUUUUUAAAUAUAGAUUUUUCUACUUUAGAUAAAAUAUGAAUAUUAAUAUUACCUAGGUUCAGCACUGUUGUCUGUGCUAGUUAAAAAAAGAAUUAGAAAAAGAAAAGGGCUGCAUUGCUUUAAGGUAGUUGGCUUGAAUCAAUUUAGAUUUCAUCAUUGCUAUUUUGCAUACUGG